AUGCCCGCGCAGAGCCUGUUGAAAGCGGUGGGCGCUCUCCUCGUUGCCUACCUUCUCUUUGUGUACACCAACCGUGACGGCAUCGAGCCGCCGCGCCGCGCGAAGGGCUACUACUAUGUGACCAAUGAGACACAGCAGCUGCUGGACGAGGCACGAAAAGAGGCGGCGCGCGUGAUGGCGGCGCAGCGGACGGGCGGGCAGGCGGCCGCCGGCGCGCUCCUGCGGUACGGCGUGGCCCUGAAGGACGGCGACGAGGGUCUUGCGUCCACCAUCGAGUAUGUGCAUCAGUACCAGCACCUGGCUGCUGCGAGCCAGCUGCAGGGCGACGCGCAUGCGGCACCGGCGCAGCCCGAGGCCACGGAGCACCCGCCAGUGCGCGUGCACGUCUUCCUGGCCGCGGACAACGGCACCUAUUCGGGCAUGCACGAGCUGUUCUACAUCACGGCGGCCAUGCGCUACAGCACCCGCCUGCACAUCGAGGGGUGCCGUUCCGCCCUUUUCGGAUUUCUGGAGAAACCUGUACGCGACCCACUGACGCAUGGCGUGCGCGACCAGCAGCGCACGGCGAAUGAGAGCGUAGCGCGUGAAGUGCACAUGGUGCCGGUGCUGGCCGUCACCACCGGCAUCUACGUGACGAGAUCCGCCACGUGCACGGCCGCCGUGAUGGAGCUGCCCAUGUUCAGCAUACAGAGCGUGACACUGAUCGGCACGGCGGGCGUGUCGCCGGUGGUGGGCGGCGGCGGCUGGAACCCGCACGUGCCGCCGGCAGAGCUCGCGGGCGAGUCUGUCGAAGCGACCGAGGCGGUCGCCAACCCCGCGUGCCAGCGUCACUGGGCGCCGGAGUCGGAGAAGGUGGCUAUCGGCUCCGUGUGUGUCACGUACGCGUCGCUGGUGCAGGAGUGCGGGUUUUGCGUCGAGGACAACGACCUCCCUUCGCUUUGCUCGCGGCCACGCUGCCGGAUGCAGAACGCCACCGCCUUCUUCGGACCCUGCGCCUUCCGUCACCCCGUGUCGUCCUUCGCGGAGCAGAUGAAGAGCGCCAUGCGUGGCAAGCCCUUCCCCAGCCCCUCGGCUACGGUGCGCGAGGCAAUGCAGGUGUUCUGGGAAGCCAACGAGGCGGCCACCGACUACGUCGCGGUCGCCGAGGACACAAAGACGCACCAGGGCAAACAUGCGCACGCGAGCCCCCCCCGCAGCGACUCGCCAACGACCGCCUCGGAGGUAGUGCUGUCGUACAACCGCCUGGCGCCCACCACACCCAUCCUGCUGAACUGCGCAGAGGUGACGACAAGCCAGAUUCUCGCCGGGCCGCGCUCUGACGUUCUGUGCCGGCAGUACACCGAGGAAGUGUUCCAGGGUUUGUACGCUGCCAAGGACCUGUCGUGCGUGCAAGCGAUGGAGGGGAUGGGGGUGCUGCACGUGCUCACGAGCGAGUACCCCACCAUGCCGGUCGCCAUCGUGCGCGGCAGCUCCAACUACGACAUGUUCCCCCUCUCGCGUCAUGUCUACCGCCUCAACAGCACGGACACCCGCAGGCGGCGGGAGGAGGGCGACUGGUACGUUGCCUGGGACCAGAAGGAGCACUACGUCAGCGAGGACGAGUUCCACCGCUACACGAAGGCGUCGUACCGGUACUCCAUUGAGACGGCGAGCGCGGUAGUGCUCAACUACUUCCUCAGCGCGGAGACCGUGCUGCCUGGCAUGUGA